UUUUGCUGUUAUACUUUUUUCGCAGUUUCCGUCCUGUUUGAGACGAUGUGGGCCUAAACUUACAAACCAGAAUCAGGCAAGAUAUCCAGGUACGUAAAAUAAUUAUUAAUUCGACUGGUGCAAGCAAUGGCGCUGAAUCUUCUGGAUCCCGCGCUGCCCUUCAACACCAGCAUCACAGCUGACUGCCCUUGCCAUGCUGACUACACAGCGGAACAACUAUCCCUCCCCACCAGCAAGGGCUUCCUCUCCGCCUCCUUCAAAAAACCCCCCGUUACUAUCUUCAUCACCUUUACCGAUCCGUCCGCCAUUGAUCUGCAGAAGAUUGUCUUCCGUCCGCGCAUCUUGUCGCAGUGUUCAACGGGUGCUGCGCUGAGUUUUCUGCGCUGGAGCAGUUAUCCGAAUUCAGCAAAAUGGACCUUCUGGAUGCGCGCGGAAUGGAGCAGUGAAAUGGACUACGUCGUACUGGAGACCAUGCAUUAUCGACCCCAUGGUAUCCUCCCGAAGGAAGCCUGUAAAGACUUCCGUCCGCUGCCCAGUAUGCGGAUUAAACAGAUCAAUCUGCCGCGACACGGUGCGUCUAGUGAAAUCGCGGCGCUGGCAAUCACCAUCUCCCACACGCACCAGUCUACCUCCGUGGCGAUGAAGAAUCUGCAGAUUUUCGGCCAGCCCUGUAUUAAAAUACCCCGGGAAGAGUAUAAAGCCCUGGCGGAUGUGCUGCGAAAACCCGUUGUGGAGGUGCGGAACGCGGCGACCUCGACGGGCGUCCUCGCGAAGGCCCUUCCUUCAACCCCCUCUACCUCGAAGAAAUUGACGAUUCCCGAAGAAUUUCUCGAUCCGCUGACGUGCCUGAUCAUCCUGGACCCGGUGACGCUCCCCUCCGGGAUCACCGUGGAUUUGAGCACACUGCAGAAACAUGAAAACGCUCAAGCAGAAUUUGGACGGAAUUUAUUCGAUCCGUACACCGGGAAGCGGCUUCAGUACCAGGAAUUACGGGCGAAUCUCCAUCUGCGGCAGCGGAUUUUGGAUUUCUUGACGGCCAACCGGAAAGCGGUUCUGGAAGAGAGUUCGGAAGGUGAACGCACGAGAUUAACGAAUUUUUUGAAAAGUCGCGAAGACAGCGGUCCAGCAGUUCCCGAACCGGCCCCACCCGCGGCGCAUGAGGCGGUGGAGUGUAGAUUUUGCAGGGAAUGCGUGUCGAAGGACGCGGCGUAUGAAUAUCGGUGUGGCGCAGUGAUGUGUCGUGAUUGCGCGGUGCGGCGUUCGUUCGGGAAUUUGGCAGCGGAACCGUGUGUGUUUUGCCGGCGUGUGCAUUCCUCGCAGGAUAUUACUCGCUUUUCUCAGUUUUCUACACGGUAGUGGGAUUUUUUUUACGAAUUGAUGCGAUAGUGUUUUUGAAUCUGCUCAUAAUAAUUUUUUUUGUUGACAUGUAUUCACAACGAUAUCGACUUCAGUCUUUGUAUUUUGUAAAUAAAGAUCUCUAAAUCG